AUGUCUCUCUACCGUAUCGGCGUCGACGUGGGCGGCACCAAUACGGAUGCCGCCAUCCUUGACGUCCGCGCCUUCGACACGCCCAACCGUGGCGUGCUGGCGUCCCACAAAGCCUCGACAACCAAGGAUAUCACCAGCGGUAUCGAGUCAGCCAUCCGUACCGUCCUUCAAGACUCUCAAGUUGAUCAGAGCCGGGUGCUCAGCGUCACCAUCGGCACGACACACUUUAUCAAUGCACUUGUAGAGGCCGAUGCACGGCGACUUGACCGGGUCGCAGUAGUGAGACUCUGCGGUCCCUUUACCCGUCAGAUUCCCCCGUUUUCUGAUUUCCCUGUCGGUCUGCGCGGCAUUCUCGACGGCGGUGCGUACUAUCUCGACGGUGGCCUGGAAAUUGACGGCCGGGAGAUUGCGCCCUUGAAUCCAGAGCAGAUUAGACAGACCGCGCGGGACAUUGUUGCCUCCGGGGUCAAGUCAAUAGCAUUGGUCGGCGUCUUCUCGCCACUGGAUCAUGAGGGUUUGCAUGAAGAACAGUGCAAGAAAAUCAUCAUCGAAGAAGCGCCCGAGUUGGAAGUCGUCUGCUCGCACGAUAUUGGCCCGACGGGUUUUUUGGAGCGCGAAAAUGCCACGAUCCUCAACGCCGCGAUUUUGCGGACCGGUCACCGCGUCAAGAAGGGCUUCCAGCGUGCCAUGGCGCGUAUUGGGCUUUCAUGCCCACUCUAUCUGUCACAGAAUGACGGUACGCUGAUCGACGCCGACACAGCCGCAGAGUACCCCAUCAAGACAUUUGCGAGCGGGCCAACGAACAGUAUUACCGGUGCCGCGUUCCUGGCUGGUAUCGAUCAUAAGAAGCAGAUUGGAACCGACUCCAAAUCUGACUCGGAGACCACCGAGGCGGAGCCCCAGGUCAUUGUUGUCGACAUCGGUGGCACGACGACGGAUGUGUGCGCCCUCCUGCCUUCAGGAUUUCCGCGGCAGGCCCCAGGCUUUGUUGAGGUGGGAGGUGUGCGAACGGCGUUUUCGAUGCCCGAGGUCGUGUCAAUCGGCUUGGGUGGUGGAAGCCAGGUCCAGCUCGACCCUAUUACUGAUAAGGUCACAAUUGGACCCGGCUCUGUUGGACACGCUAUCCAGCAGGAGGCCAAGGUCUUCGGCGGCAGCACUCUCACUGCUAGUGAUAUUGUGGUCGCCCUAGGGAAAGCUCAUCUUGGAGACUCAUCGCUGGUCCACAACGUUCCAUCAUCUCUUGUUGAAAAGGCCCGCCAACGGAUAAAGAAGAUGCUCGAGGGCAUCAUCGAGCAGAUGAAGGUAUCGGCUGCUCCCGUGCACGUUCUCCUUGUCGGAGGAGGUGCGCUUCUCGUGACGGAAGAUCUCGAUGGUGUAGACAAAUGCAUCCACCCAAUUCACCAAGGGGCUGCAAAUGCAGUCGGCGCCGCCAUCGCCAAGGUUUCGGGUGAUAUUGAUGUUGUCGAGAUCCUGGAUGGCAAGGAUGAGCGAGCUGUUCUGGAGGCCACGCAGCAAAAGGCCAUCGACAUGGCAGUGGCCAAGGGCGCGGCUAGAGAGCACGUGCAAGUCGUUGAGGUGCACAAAAUGCCCCUACAGUACAUGCACAAUGGUGCAAUCCGCAUUCAAAUCAGAGCUGUUGGUCCCCUCUCGAUACCCGAUGAGCUGACACCUCCUCCUUCAGCCCCCUCGGUAUCUGCAGAGGAGCCAGAGGCAGACGAAGGACAGAAAGUCGGCGUUCCCAAUGCUCUUGAGUCUACUACGCGGCCAUCGCUGCGAGUGGAUCUCGAAACCUAUUGUCCCGAGGUCAAGGACGGCGUCUGGUACGUCUCGGAAGUUGACCUGGAGAUGAUCUCCACGGGUUGCGGUGUCUUAGGUACCGGAGGUGGUGGACCAACACACCACGAGUUCCUUAAGAGUCUGCAAGCGUUACGCAAUAGCGGAGAGAGGAAAAUGCGCAUUGUUUCUCCCAAGUCCCUCAAUGACAGUGAUAUUAUCUGCUUUGGCUCGUGGUAUGGCAGCCCAAGUGUCAUCAAUGAGCGUAUUGCAGGAGGCACAGAGAUUGCCUCUGGUAUCGACGCUGUCAACAAAUUCCUAGGCAUCAAGACUUUCCAAGGUCUUCUGCUAGACGAAGUUGGGGGUGGUAACGGUCUGUGUGCAUUCCCGACUGGCGUACACUAUGAUGUCCCCAUCGUUGACGGCGAUACGAUGGGCAGAGCGUAUCCCACCAUGUAUCACGCCACCACCAGUGUCUAUGGCCACUCACUGGUCCCCUGCGUGCUGUCCGAUGCCCGUGGGAACACCUCGAUUGUGGCAAACGCCGAUUCCCCGGUAAGAUUGGAGAAGAUUCUUCGCACCACAGCCAUCGAGCUUGGCCUUGCCUGUGCUGUAUGCGCCAACCCACUGCCUGCUUCCGCCAUCAAGUCCCAUGGAGUCCCCAAUACAUUAUCCCAGGCUUGGUAUUUGGGUCGUGCGGUGCACUUGGCUCGCCGCAAGAAGACAAACUAUGUAGACGCGAUUUUCAACGUCUGCGCAGGCAAACUGCUCUUCACUGGCAAGAUCGUCGAUGUUCGGCGGUUCAUUGGCGGUGGAUACACUAUGGGUAGUGUUAUCAUUGCCCCCCUCAGCGAAGAGGAGCGCGAGGCUUCUGCCAGCUCGAGCGCGCAGAGUGUCCCCGACGACCGCCAUAUGACCAUUCCCUUUCAGAACGAGUACCUCUAUGCUGCUCUGACUGAUGCUGAUGGUUCCGAGGAGUCACAGGAGGUCGUUUGCACUGUUCCUGAUUUGAUUUCAAUUUUGGGUCAGGACGGUGAGGCGAUCGGUUCGCAGGACUUGCGAUAUGGACUGCGAGUCAACGUGAUUUCUUUGCCUUCGCAUCCUCUAUGGAAGACUAAGAAGGGGUUGGCCGUUGGUGGGCCAGAAGGAUUUGGUCUGAAGAUGCCUAUUGUGGAUGUUGAUAAUGAUUUCACUAAAGCGCCAAGUGUAAUUGAUGAAUUUGGUGUUUAG